AUGACUUCCGUAACCGCACUUUAUCCUGGUACUUUCGACCCCAUUACCAAUGGGCAUAGUGAUCUGAUGCAUCGUGCCAGCAAAAUGUUUGAUAAGGUAAUCGUUGCUAUCGCUGAUAGUCAGCGGAAAAACCCCCUGUUUAGUUUGGAGCAGCGAAUUGAUUUAGCGAAGGGAGUGUUUGCGGACAACCCUAAGAUUGAAGUGCUUGGUUUUGAUUGUUUGUUAGUGGAUUUUGCUAAGCAACAAGAUGCAAAGGUGCUGGGGGAUGUCUACAGUGGUAUUCAAAAAGAUAAAUACACACAGGGUGAUCUCGUGUAUGCGCAAGAUCAUCUGCGCAUCUUGUCUGGUUUAUAUGGUGCAUUGCGUCCGAUGGACUUAAUUCAACCUUACCGCUUAGAGAUGAAAACGAAGCUCGACAAUUCUCGUGGCAGUAACCUCUAUCAAUUCUGGGAUGAGCGUAUCACCGAUAGCCUGAAUAAGGAUCUCGAAAUCCAACAGGAAGCGACGCUCGUUAACCUUGCUUCAAAUGAAUACUUUAAAGCCGUCAAAACGAAGAAGUUGCACGGUCGCUUGCUCGAUAUAGCGUUUAAAGAAACCAAAGACGGCAAAACCCGUAUUGUGGCUAUUUUUGCUAAACGUGCGCGUGGCAUGAUGACUGAUUUCAUCCUCAGGAAUCGUAUCGAAAAUUCGGAAGACCUCAAAGAAUUCAAUGAAG